AUGCUACCAGUUGUUGUUGCUGUUGAAGAUCUUCGACAGGUUGUAAACGCAAAUUCCAGGACAACGUGCCAAGAACUUGCAGAAAUGUUCAGAGUGAGUCCUAAAACUAUUCGUUUGCGUCUUCAUCAGCUAGGAAAGACGUGGAAGCUCCCGGUAAAAACUGGUUCUGGACAUUCUUCGGUUAGAUUCAAAAUCCUUCGUAUUGAAGCUCGUAAUUCUCGUGAAAUUCUUGGGUUUGCAGCGCUUCCUCCUAAACCCGGCCUGACUAGCUCUUCUGCAGGAGAAUCAAACAUCUCGUGCAUCGGCUGAUAGACAUAAAAAGAGAGUAUCAUGUCAUAUUUUCGUAAGGACGAGAGCAUACUGUGAACACGGAAAACCUGGUUUCUCCACCUGUAAACCGAAUUCGAGCCUCAUCAAGAAAAUUUUGCAGGACAUUUGAGGAAAAAAACAUACUCAGCUGUGGAAGUCGAAUGAAAAGAUUAAUUUGGGGAGGCGUUGUCAGCAAUUAGAUAAAUUUGAGUCAGCACUCCAUGACUCCAUGAAAAAAGGGCGACAACAUUUAGGAGAAAUGCUUACCCACUAAAAAGACGCAGAGCUAGACUGAAAAAUUCUAUCACAUCCCCUAUACUUUCCAGACUCAUGUCGAUACAAGAUUUUAUGUAGGGUUGAAUUCAAAGACGAAGACGAUAUUAAACAAGUGCAGA